UAACGAGACGUCCAGUCAAACGUCCACCACCAUCUCCUGUUACCAGACCUACACCUAUAACAAGGCCUCCUCGUCCUCCUGUAAUAAGGCCUCCCCUAGUGACAAGACGUCCAAUCAAACGUCCACCACCAUCUCAUUUUACCAGACCUACAUCUACGCCUGUAAGAAGACGUCCGCGUCCCCCAAUUUCAAGACCUCUUCCAGUGACUAAAGUAACUGAGAGGCCUUUCCCAUUAGGACCACCACAAACUGUUGUUCGACCUGAUCGACCACUUCCUGACUUUGGAAUGCCACCUUGUGCGUUGUCAGGCAAAAAUUUUUGCAUUUUGACCGACGAUUAUCCUUCAAACAUUAUGGAUAAGAUGACUGACGAGGAAAUGAAGACAAAACUUAAGAUAAUUUACGAAGAGCUUCAAACCAUUGGAGAUCCAGAACUCUUCGUAAACCAUUUGGGAAAUGGUCCAGCAGCGCACGGGAAAUUUGCUUGUGAAAGUGUGCCUAACGUCAUGCGUCCUGGAUGGGUCCAAGAUGCAGUUUCUGGAGAGUGGAUGAUUGUCGUGAACAGUGAAUUCUUUCCCCAGAUGGUUAGAACAGAAAGCUGCAAGAAACCAAAUGAACCCUGUUCGUUUAUAGCGCCAUUUUACGAGUCGACUUGCCAACAAAGAUUCAGUCUACAUCGAUUAAUUGCAUUUCACCCUUGGGAUCCUGGGCAUAGUCCUGUCGUAGCACUUUUUAAGUUUCCAGCAGGAUGUUCUUGUCGAGUGGUUCCGAAAAUCCAAAGAAAAUGAGAAAACUAAUUAUUAAAA